AUGGUAGAACUAAUCACGUCACAUCUGGUGGACCAUUUGGUGGUGUACGGGCUGCAGUAUCUUCUGCUCUGUUUCUUUUUCCUGGCUGAGCUGGCGUACGUAAAGCAGAAUGUGUCGGAUGGAACGUCCAGACGAUCCGCUUACAGCAUGCUGUCGGUGUUGUUAGUGCUCGUUACACUGCUCGCCGUCAUUCUGGCGGCUUACCGCUUGGUCGACGACUCUGUGGCGGGAUUGAGAGAUGGUUUGGAGGCUACCUCUAUGGUAGCCGUGCUCUGCCUGCAGAUUUAUUCCACCCGCCGUAAUGUGGAUCACGUUUAUUUGUUUACCUUUUGGACACUACGGUUGCUUGCCCUCUCGAUCGACGUCGCGUUCGAUCGGGCGGAUGCGUACGAUGUGACGCAUCUUACGCUUGCCGUGUUUUGGCUGUGCCUGUGCGGUGUUAGAGCGCUGCGUAACGAUGCACUUUACACCAGCACCAGUGCCACCAAACCGCGCGAGCCGAAUCUACUGCGAAGCUUAUUCUUUUCCUGGCUGGAUGAGACCUACCGGGAAGCGCAUCGGGGCAGUGAAACGUUUCACGAGGGCAAGCUGUUUGGCAUACUGCCGGACGACCGCCGCUGCGAGUCACUGUUGGACCGGUACGAAAAAGCUAACGCGCACCGUGGCUACACGGCGGUGGACGACGGUAGUGGACCGGCGAAAGGGGAAAACCAUCGAUUUACCAUCCGUCGGCUGCUUGCCCCGUUCUGGCGUGACAUCCUACUAACCGGGUUGAAUCGGUUUGCAUUGAUCGUGUUUUACUUCCUCUGCCCGUACCUCUUACGGGUUCUACUUGAAGAAAACCAAUCUCGAACGUACCAGAAGUGGAUUGUGACGGCACUGUUCGAUGCGUCGAUUAUGAUUGCCCUGCUCAACACGCAGUAUCAGCACGCCACCCAAGACAUAGGGCUGCGCAUCAAGUCCAUCCUGAUGGGUGCCAUCUAUCGAAGCAUUCUUGCUCAAGCUUCCACCAAAAACACAUCGAGCGCUACGUUAACGACCGACACGGCUGCUUUUGUGCCGUUCGUGCAGGACAUACACAUGAUGUGGUCCGGGCCGCUGAUCAUUGUCGUGACAUUCGUUGCGCUUUGGUUGUGGGUUAUAGGGGCAUCAAGCGGUGCCGUAGGUCUGGUUAUAAUGAUAGUCGUGAUCUCCAUCACCAGACUGCUGGCGCAAAAGAUCUCCCGGCAGGAGGAAAACAUUAGGCGCUGCAAGGAUCACCGUGUGCGGCUAACAACCAGUUCGAUCGAGCAGAUGCAACAGAUCAAGUCCGACCUGUUGGAAGAGUUUUUCGAACAGCAGAUCGGGGUGCAUCGGACGGAAGAGAUGCGCCAUAUGCGUACCUUCGUAUGGUACGAUGCGUUGAAACACAUGCUCAGCAUCGUCACACCGACGGUCGUUGCUUGCGUCACGUUUCUGUUCAUGUAUCUCACGGGUAGCGGAUCGUUGCUGACCGUACAGUCGAUGUUUGUAGCGAUCGCACUGUUUAACAUAACGCGCUAUCCCAUGUCGGUGAUACCGAACCUAAUGACGAACUGGAAGAUCGUCAACGAGAAGCUCGACGGUAUCAAUGCGAUAGUGUGCGAUGGUCGAACGGACGAACCGACGGUAACGAUGCAAAAGAGCACGGUAAAAAAUGGAACGUACCGGGGAAGCCUCGAGAAAAUGCAAGACGUGGUGCAUACGUUCGUCGAUCAGCUGGAAGACUCGAUCACGCAAUACUCGGCAAAGGCCGAGAUACUAAAGUUCGAUCGGGCACAGUUUUCGAUCGCGAACAGAGUGAUCCUACGCGACAUCACCAUGAAGGUGCGGGCGGGCACUUUUACCGGUGUAAGCGGUACUCAUGGUGCCGGCAAGACGACACUCUUGCGGGCGAUGAUCGGGACGGUGCGGAGAACAGCGGGAACAGCCACCAUCACGUGGAAUCGGGUGUCGUACUGCCCGCAAACACCAUGGAUCCACAGUGGCACCAUCCGGAGUAAUAUUCUGUUCGGGCAGGAGUACGAGCAGUCGCGUUACGAGCAGGUGAUACGUGCCUGCUGUCUGGAAGAUGAUCUUAAGACAUUCCCCAACUAUGACGAGCGUGUCGUAUGUGAGGGUGGCCACUCACUGUCUGGUGGACAGGCGCGAAGAGUUUCGCUAGCCCGAGCCGUCUAUCGACGUGCGGACAUUUACCUUUUCGACGAUGCACUCCGCUCACUCGAUCCGAACGUGUCGCGCAAGGUGUUUGAUAAUGUGUUUCAUCGCGCGAAUGGUUUGCUGGCGGACUGUUCCUGUGUGUUUAUAUCGCACGAUCCCGACCAUCUUGCCGUAGCCGACACAGUGCUGGUGAUGUCCGAAGGUACCAUCGAUAAGGUACUGACACCAGCCGAAAUAAGUGAACAAAUUGUUCAUCAGCUUGCAGAAGAAAAUGAAGUCGAAUGUGAGCAGCAACCAGUGGCAGCAAAGGCAGCAAAUCCCAAGCGCAAUACAAAGCGUUCCAGGAAAUCGGAAACAAAGCCCAACGAAAAUACCCGAGGUAGUGUGUCACUGGAACUGUACGUAAACUUUCUACGCAUACUCAAACCACUGUACUGCUUCGUGGUAGUGGCGCUGGAAGGAGUAACCAUCUUGAUGGAUAUCUUUAUCACCACUCUGCUGGCAGGAUGGGCCUCUAGUGCCAAGGAGACGAACGGAGAUUUGCUCCAGAGCUUCUGGGUCAUGUGUGUCUGGAUAUUGUCGGUGUACCUCAAGACAGUGCUGCUUCAAUGGGGAGGUUUACAGCUGUCAAAAUUCGUCCAUUCCCGCAUGCUUUCUACUAUUCUGCGUCAACCGAUGGAGUUUUUCGAUCGUAACGAUUCCGGCGUGAUUGUGAACCGCUUUGCGAACGAUCUUCACAUAGUCGAUGCCAAGAUCAUCACGAACCUGCGCUCGGUGCUGAGCGCCUCGUUUAGUGUGCUUGGAACGUUGGUACUGUUUGUCUGGAAGCUGUACAGCAAGGUUAUGUUGUUUGUCGCGGCAUUUGCGGCUGCCGUCGUGUUAGUUUUCGGUCUGAGGCGUUUAUUAAGCUACCAUCUGCAGGUGGCACGAACGUUGAAGCGGUUUGAGGCAAGCUCGCGAUCACCGAUCAUACUGCAGUACAAUGAAACGCUGCAGGGCAUCGAUACGAUCAAGGCGUACGAUGCGGAGGAACGAUUCCAUCGACAGUUUCUGGAACGGAUCGAUACGCAUCAGAACUACAUUUACCACAACAAUUCCGCAAGCCGUUGGAUAGGCAUUCGGCUUGAGUUUAUCGGUGCGAUGGUCAUCUACUUUGUGGCACUGCUUACCGUCAGCAAUCAGUCGAUGGUUGGGUUGGCUUUCGUUGGCAUUAUCGUCAGCUACGUGCUGCGUUUGAUUCCUUCCCUCAACGGUCUGCUGUUGGCGUCAGGCGCACUGGAGGAGAACAUCAUAUCAUUCGAGCGCGUCACACAGUAUUUGAAUUUGCCACGCGAAACGAAUGAUGAGACAGGUGGCGAUUAUCCGAUCACGCAAGAGGAAAAACUACCCGUCCGAGGGCCAAUUGAGUAUCGUGACGUCUCGCUAACGCACUCCGAUGGAUCGACAGUGCUCCACAACGUUACGCUUACGAUUGCGGCUGGAGAAAAGUUGGGUAUCGUAGGUCGUACUGGAUCUGGGAAAUCGAGCUUCAUUGGGACAUUGUUUCGAUUUUACCCGCAGCACACAUCCGGAACCAUUCUCAUCGCUGACGUAGGGUUGAAGGACAUAUCGCUGAAGAAGUUGCGCGGUGAACUGACACUCGUCCCCCAAAGUACAAGCCUGUUUUCCGGGCUGGUGCAGAACUUCAUAGAUCCAUGGAAGACACAUACGACCGACCAGUUAAACACCAGUCUGCGCGAGUGUGAGCUGGGAAAUGUCAACCUAGGUGCGACACUGCAGGAACUUUCCGUUGGCCAGCGUCAACUGCUGUGCCUGGUGCGGGGUUUGUUGCGUAAGAAACCGAUCAUCAUACUGGACGAAGCUACCUCAGCGCUCGAUGAAAACACGGAAGAUCUCAUACUGAAGGUGCUGCACGCACGGUUCCAUGAUCGUACCGUUCUGAUGAUUGCCCAUCAUCUGAACACAGUGAGGGGCUGCGAUCGUAUAUUGUGGUUACAGUAUGGACGUGUGCGUAAAAUUGCCCCGCUGCAGGAUUACACGGCGGAAGAGCGGAACGAGCUAGGAUUCCGAGAUUAG